AUGGAAAACCUGUGGAGCCACCUCUUCUUCUGUGGCCUGAAAAUCCUCCCAGAGGAACAGCCCGUGCUCACAGCUGUCUCCCCUUCUUGCCCCUUCACCAACAGGGAAAAGUUGGUGGAGGUGCUUUUUGAGAGCUUCAGGGUGCCAGCCCUGUAUACAGCUAACACCGGGUUUCUCUCCCUCUGUGCCUACAGCAGAGUCACCAGUCUGGCCAUGGAGGUUGGGGCAGGAGUGUCCCAUGCCACCUCCGUCUGCCUGGGCCAGACCUGGAGGGAGGCCGCCUACCACCUCGGGGUGGCUGGUGGCUUCCUCUCCAGCUACCUGCACAGCCUGCUGAUGGAGAGCCCCAACGACCCCUCAGUGCUGAAGGCCUUGAAGAAGACAACAGUGAUCCAGCUGAAGAAGCAAUACUGCUAUGUCUCCACGGACUACAAAGACCUCCACAACCAAGGUUACCAUCAUCCAGCCAGAUUUCAGGCCCCUGAUGGGCACUGGACAACCUUGGACGAGGAACGGUUCUGUUGCCUGGAGCCGCUCUUCCAACCGAAGCUACUCCACCAAGGCUCCCCAGGGCUCCACCACUUGGCCUUUCAGAGCCUCCAGAAGGUACCCGACCAUGCCAGGAGGGACACGAGGAUGUUCUUAGAGCUGAAUGCCCUGUUCUAUGGCACGGGCUGCCAGAUUCAGGUCCUGAUGAGCCCAGAGAGGGGUGCAGCAGCCUGGGCAGGGGGGGCGUCGACAGCAGUGUCGCUCACGACCUUCCAGCACGCGUGGAUGGCAAAGGGCGAGUACCAGGAGCAUGCCGAGCCACCAGCCCAGUCCCGGAGCUGUGUCCACCUGGGGCUGCUGGCACAGCUGCAGCUGGCCGGGAGGGGAAGUGUUUAUCCUGCAGUUGACAACGUGCACAGCAGGAGCCCGCCAGUGAGGAGACAGCCGCUGAGACACACCGUUGAUCCAGUCCAGCUCAUCACCCUGGCAUGGUCUGAGCAAGCCUAA